AUGUGUUUUUCAGGUAUCAACUCCAUCGUGGCCAUUGCAUCGUACACAGGAUACAACCAGGAGGACUCUGUGAUCAUGAACAGAUCAGCAGUGGAUCGAGGUUUCUUCAGGUCUGUUUUCUAUCGAUCCUACAAAGAGCAGGAGUCAAAGAAAGGUUUCGAUCAGGAGGAAAUCUUUGAGAAGCCGACCCGUGAAACCUGUCAGGGUAUGAGGCAUGCCAUCUACGACAAGCUGGAUGACGAUGGGCUGAUCGCACCUGGCGUUCGUGUGUCCGGUGAGGACGUGAUCAUCGGGAAGACGGUGACGCUGCCGGAAAACGACGACGAGCUGGACAGCACCAACCGGCGCUACACAAAGAGGGACUGCAGCACCUUCCUCAGAACCAGCGAAACAGGCAUCGUGGACCAGGUGAUGGUGACCCUGAAUCAGGAAGGCUACAAGUUCUGCAAGAUCAGGGUGCGUUCGGUCCGGAUUCCUCAGAUUGGAGACAAGUUUGCCAGCCGACAUGGACAGAAAGGAACCUGUGGGAUCCAGUACAGACAGGAGGACAUGCCAUUCACCUGUGAGGGAAUCACACCUGACAUUAUCAUCAAUCCUCACGCCAUCCCGUCCAGAAUGACUGUCGGCCAUCUGAUCGAGUGUCUGCAGGGCAAGGUGUCUGCAAACAAGGGUGAGAUUGGUGAUGCGACGCCAUUUAAUGACGCCGUGAAUGUUCAGAAGGUGUCAAACCUGCUCUCUGAAUAUGGAUACCACCUGAGAGGAAAUGAGGUUCUGUAUAACGGUUUCACUGGGAGGAAACUAACGUCUCAGAUCUUCAUCGGUCCGACGUAUUAUCAGCGUCUCAAACACAUGGUGGAUGACAAGAUCCACUCGAGGGCCAGGGGCCCAGUGCAGAUCCUCAACAGGCAGCCGAUGGAGGGAAGAUCACGUGAUGGUGGUCUGCGGUUCGGGGAGAUGGAGCGUGAUUGUCAAAUUGCUCACGGAGCGGCUCAGUUUCUCAGAGAGCGUCUGUUUGAGGCAUCUGAUCCGUAUCAAGUCCACGUGUGUAACCUGUGUGGGCUGAUGGCCAUCGCCAACACACGGACGCACACGUACGAGUGUCGAGGCUGCCGCAACAAGACACAGAUCUCUCUGGUUCGGAUGCCAUACGCUUGUAAACUUCUUUUCCAAGAGUUGAUGUCGAUGAGCAUCGCCCCUCGUAUGAUGACAUCGUAAAAGGCUCAGCCAAUCAAACAUCUUCCUGUGACUCAUCAGCAGGGAGUAAAAGUACGAUUUGAGCGUGAUGUCAUCGCAGUUCCAUGUUGUUGUCUCAGUUUGUUUUUUUAGAAGUUGAAUAAAACUGAAUUUCUGGAUCACAUGG